GCAACUAAGCAGGGGCCCACACAUCUGUGCUGGCGCUUAAAGGGUCUCAUUAACUGAGUUUCUACAGAGAGGGGCUCCACAACAGUUACUGCUCAUCAUUUCAUUCUUCAGCUCAUCAAAGAGGGAGAGAGUAUUAGCAACGGGAGAGCAGCUGAGAGGCUGCUGUUAAGGGAUCAGCUAUGCUUGGAGGCAUCCACACUGAUUUGUUGGUCACAGUGACUCUACUCUUUUUAACUCAGACUGGGACUCUGAGCAGGGCUGAAGAUGAUUUAUCAUUAAUUACUUUACCAGAAUGGACAAUAAAUUCAGAGUAUGUUACACAAUGCUCCUAUGACAGGCACAACAACUUCAUUUGUGACUGGACAAGGCAUCAACCCAGAGCAGGAGACGGUUCAGUGAAUAUUUUGGAGAGUGGUCCAUUGGGUCUGGAGGGUGAGGCCUGUCUAGAGUUUUGGUACCUCCCUGCGUCUGAAGUCCACGUGCUGCUAAAAAGUAGUGUUGGUCUGGAAGAAAUCUGGUCCUCACCUGCCCAACAAGGAGAUUCUUGGAGACAAGCGUUUGUCCCCUUGCACAUCAUUGAGCCAGGAACUCAGGUUGUAAUUGAAACAGUUCAUGCCGUCCCCACAGGAGGACGAGUCACACUUAAACAGAUAGGUGUGAGGAGAGGCUCAUGUGGACCCCAAUGUGAAUCAAACACAGAAAUAUGGACAGAUGAGUCUACUCGUUGCCUCUGCUCUGAUGGCCAGCUCUCCUGCUCCCUGUCUCAGUGCCCUCAGGGCCAAACCUGUGGUCCCAAAAGAGGAGACUCCAGAGGGAUUUUUGCCUCAGGAACAUGCACGAUACACAGUGACACAGACUGCAGCACUUUUGAUGGAGUGCUGUUCCGCUUCAUGGCCCCCUGCUCCUAUGUCCUAGCUAAGAGCUGUUUGCCCAGCGAGGCCCUGCCUCAGUUCAGCGUGGAAGUGGUCAACGAGCAGAACGGGAACUCAUCCCUCUCAACUGUUCAAAAGGUUGUUGUGGGUGUGGGGAACUCCAGAAUUUCCCUGCUGAAGAAGAUAACAAGCCGGGUUGUGGUUAACGGAGUCUGGAGAAAACUUCCACUGAAGUUCCAAAAUAUCCACAUUCAAAGCAACCCUGCUGCUGUGCUACUGAGAACCAGCUUUGGUCUUUCAGUUUCAUACGACAGGGCCGGUGCCCUCCAUGUCACUCUGCCAACCAAGUACUCUGAUAAAGUCUGUGGCUUGUGCGGAAACUUUAACCACAACAAAGAGGAUGACUUCAAAAUGCCGAAUGGUACGACUGCAGGAGAUGCCACAGCUUUGGCUGAGAGCUGGCAGACGAGGGAGGCCAGCUCCACAUGUGAAACCAUGCUGGUGCCUCAUCAGUGUGACCCAUUGGAGGAGGCUGAGUAUGCCGACGAGCUGAACUGUGGAGCCCUCCUCUCCAGUACCGGGCCCUUUGCCGACUGCCUGUCAGUGGUGGGAGCAGAGAGCUACUUCAGGGGCUGUAUGGCCAGCAUGUGUGCUACACAUGGCGACACUGUGGUGCUGUGUGAAACACUGAAUGUCUAUGCUGAUAUCUGCCAGGAUGCUGGAGUGGCCGUACCUCUUUGGAGAAACUCUUCAUUCUGCCCCUUCCAGUGUGGUGAGAACAGCCACUAUAACUCCUGUGCUGAUGGCUGUCCAGAUGUGUGUUCUAGCCAGGAUAUAGCGGGCUUCUGUGGCAGCUGUGAGGAGAGAUGUGAGUGUGAUCAUGGCUACAAACUCAAUGGUGGAAAGUGUGUCCCAGCAGAGGACUGUGGGUGCUGGUAUAACGGGAUACACUUACAGAAAGGAGAAACACUGACAGAAGGAGAGUGUGAGCAGCAGUGCCAGUGCAUGGGUAACAAUGACGUGCAAUGCAAACCGAUGCAUUGUGUAGACAAUGAAGUCUGUAAGGAAGAAGAUGGAGUCAAAGGCUGCUUCGCUUUCCGUCCCGCCAUCUGUAGAGUGUAUGGCGAUCCACACUACAUCACCUUUGAUGGGUUGGCGUAUGAUUUUCAAGGUGGUUGCAGCUAUACACUGACUACAACAUGUGGAAGAGAAAGUCCAGUUCAGUUCUCUGUGAUUGGUCACAACAUGCACCCCACCCUUCAGAACUUCACACGGUCCAAGCUGCAAGCAGUGUCCUUUCAGGUCGACGAUCUACACCUCACCCUGAAUAUGAGCGGCGAGGUCUAUGUGGAUAGCAACACUGUGGAACUUCCCUAUUUCACUAAUGGCACGUACGGCUCAGUAUGGGUUGACAUGCAGAAUAACUUUAUUGCCUUGGAGUCGACCUUUGGCCUCAGAAUAAUGAUAGAUGGGCAGUACAGGCUGUUCCUGCAAGUGGAUGACCGCUUCAAGUAUGAACUGUGUGGACUGUGCGGAACCUACUCUGAAUACCAGGACGAUGACUUCAUAACACCAGAGGGCCAAAAUGCUACUGGGCCAUUUGAGUUUGCUGACAGCUGGAGGCUGCUGGGCAAUGAUAAGUGUGUUGCUCAGCCUAAUGAUCCCAGAGUCUGUGAUUAUGCUGAGGAAAAUGAGGCGUAUGAUCAAUGUUACGCACUGCUGGGGGAGCCCUUCAAGCCCUGCCAUGAAAGAAUUCACCCAAGCAUCUACCUCAAGAGUUGUGUGUACGACUACUGUGCCACAAGUGGUGAUCAAUACACCCUAUGCGAAUCUCUGAAGUCCUAUGUUGCUGCAUGCGAGGUUGCAGGAGUGAAGCUGCCUAACUGGCAGAUAAACACAGCCUGUGCAGAAUCCCAAACAACCACAACAACUCCAACUGCUUCCUCUCCAACACCAGAUCAAACUUUGUGUCCCAUGAAUUGCGAUUUUGAAAAAAAUCUGUGUGGGUGGGAACAGCUCGUACAGGACAGUUUUGAUUGGACAAGAAAUUCAGGAUCCACCCCAUCAGAUCUCACAGGCCCAACCCAGGAUCACACCACUGGAGCUGGUUUCUACAUGUAUAUUGAGGGAAACAGUGUGAGACACGGAGACUCAGCCCGCAUGAUGAGUUCAAUGUGCCAUUAUGAUGGCCCACUCUGCCUGCACUUCUGGUACCAUAUGCAUGGUUCAGCUUCAGCCAUGGCCCUAAAUAUAUACCUGAUCAAGAACAAUAAAGCCACCAAGAUUUGGUCUUUGAUGAACAACCAGGGACCUGAAUGGCAUCCAGCAUAUGCUGAUAUCAAAGAGUCUGGUCCAUUCCAGAUUAUAGUGGAAGCAGUUCGCGGCUCCACUGAUCAGUCAGAUGUGGCCAUUGAUGACAUUUCCAUCCACUUUGGCUCCUGCUCAGAUAGAUUCCCUGACAUUAUUAGACAAACCACACAUCCUUCCACAACUACAGGAGCACUCCCUGUCUGCAGUCUUGACUGUAGCUUCGACAGCAACCUUUGUAGCUGGAGUCAGAUGAUCACAGAUGCUUUUGACUGGACAUGGCACUCUGGGUCUACCCCCACCCUGAUGACUGGGCCCUCUGCUGACCACACUGGAGGUGGCCACUAUCUUUACAUCGAGGCCAGCAACGUGACACACGGAGACGCAGCUCGUCUCAUCAGCUCUGAAUGUGCUGGCACUGGUCCUCAGUGUCUCCAGUUCUGGUAUCAUAUGCACGGUUCUGCGGAUACAAUGGGCCUUACUGUCUACUUACUUGAGGGCAGACUGGCCAAUGCUAUUUGGUGGAAGAGGAAUGACCAAGGAAAUAUGUGGCAACUGGCGCAAGUGGACUUCACACCAACUGAAGCCUACAAGAUAAUCAUUGAGGGUCGUAGAGGAUCCAACGAACAGUCUGAUGUUGCGAUAGAUGAUGUCAUACUUUAUCAUGGCCGAUGUGCUGAUCUGAGUGAUGUUGUGACAAGUGCCCCUCUACCAAAUGGAAACACCACAGCCUCAGUACCGACCUCAGAGGCCCCAGAGCCUCCACUAGUCAGUGUAACAGUUCUUCCCCCUGAAACGGAAUACCCACCUGUAGCAAAUGUCACCUUACCUCCCAUAGUGGAAGCAACAACAGACUUUAUUUAUGUUGGUGAUGUCACUGAAAAUUCAGAUAACAAACCUCUACCACACCCAGUAUGUCAAAUGGAUUGCAAUUUUGAACAAGAUCUAUGUCAGUGGAGUCAGCUUCUUGCUGAUGUUUUUGACUGGACUAGGCACAGUGGCGCCACACCAACUCUGAUGACUGGGCCUUCCUCAGACCACACGACGGGAGAUGGUCACUAUCUUUACAUUGAGGCCAAUGCUGGGUCACAUGGAGACACGGCUCGUCUCAUCAGUUCUGAGUGUGUUCGCUCUGGUCCUCAGUGUCUGCAGUUCUGGUACCAUAUGUACGGUUCUGCAGAUACAAUGGGCCUUCAUGUCUAUUUGCUUGAAGACAGACUGGCCAAUGCUAUUUGGUGGAAGAGGAAUGACCAAGGAAAUAUGUGGCAACUGGCGCAAGUAGACUUCACACCAGCUGGAGCAUUUCAGAUCUUUUUUGAGGGGCGGAGAGGUUCUAAUGACCAGUCUGAUGUGGCCAUUGAUGAUGUGUCGCUUCACUUUGGCCACUGUGCAGAUCUGGCUAAACCAGUAACCCCAACUCCUACAAUGUUUGAAACAAGUGCGACAGAAGGUCCAGAGCCUCCUUUUGGGAACAGCACCACUGCAACACAACCUCAAACACCAACACAAGAGCCAUCUUCAACAGCUAACCCAAAUACAGCCGAACCCCUACCAACAACUCAGUACCCAGAAAUCGAAACAUCAAAGCAACCAGAGCCUGAAAUUACAGCAAGACCCCAAACCACCGCCUGGACAGAUCAGCCACCAACAACAGCUAAGCCACAGCUCCCAACAACAGAAGAACCAGGAUCACAAACAACAGCUAGACCUCAACCACCAACAACAGUUGACCAACAGCAACAAACAACAGCUGAGCAAAAACCACAAAGUACUGCUUGGCCACACCCAACCACAGCUAAACCACAACCUCAGCCAACGGCCGAGCAACAACCAAUAACAACAAUUCAACCCCAACCUCCCACCACGGCUCCCCCACAUCCACCAACAACAGUCAAACCCCAACCUCCUACCACAGACCACCCACAACCAUCAACAACAGUUAGACCCCAACCUCCUACCACAGACCACCCACAUCCACCAACAACAGUUAGACCCCAACCUCCUACCACAGCUAAACCACAACCACCAACAACAGUUAGACCCCAACCUCCUACCACAGACCACCCACAACCACCAACAACAGUUAGACCCCAACCUCCUACAACAGCUAAACCACAACCUCAGACUACAGCUCAGCCUCAAACAACAGCUAGGCCACACCCACCAACUACAGCUGGACCAAAACCUUCAACAACCAGUAAACCAAAUCAAACAACUAGUCGACCUGAGAUUACCCCAACAGUUUCACCACAAUCUACAACAGUUAGACCACCAAAUACACCUGUACCAACUCCCUCUUGCCCUGAGGACAGUCAUUACACUACAUGCGUCCCUCCCUGCAGUCCCACCUGUUCAAACCUGAAUGGCCUAUCACAAUGCAGUAACAACGAGGGCUGUGUGCCAGGAUGUGUAUGUGACGAUGGAUUUGUGCUGAAAGGCGGGGUUUGUGUGCCUAUCCAACUGUGUGGAUGUGUGGACAGGAAUGGCACCAGACGUCAGUUUAGCGAAGUAUGGUACACCAGUCACUGCAGUCAGAAAUGUAAAUGCAAAAGGGAACAUGGUGUUGGGAGAAUUGAAUGUGAAGACAAGAAUGAGUGUGAUGGAAAUGCUGUUUGCCUUCCAAAAGAGAACAACGACUAUUACUGCCAGUCUACAGGCUUCAGUGAGUGCUCCAUCAAAGGAGAUCCUGAGUACAGAACCUUUGACAGACUAAAGCAUGACUUUGUGGGAAGACACUCAUAUGUGCUGGUCCGGACUAAGAACUUGCCAAGUAACCUCCAAGCAGUCUACAUUGAGGGCAUCAAUAGGCGCACUGAUAAUGGCGAUGAUAGCCAUCAGCAUGAUGACAGUAGCAGUGAAGAAGACAGCAGCCGCCAAGUCAGGGAUGAGGAUGAUGAUGAUGACAAAGACAAAGAUGAUGAUGAUGAUGAUGAUGAUGACUCACGCAAUCAAGACAGCGAGGAAGACGAUGAAGACAACUGUUUACAAGAGCUUAAGAUCAGAGUGUACAAUCACACUGUGGAGUUCAAGCAAAAAAGAAAGCUGAUUAUGGAUGGAAAGAGAACAGUCACUCCUGUGUCACUUCCUGGUCUCAAUAUCUGGCAGCAUUCAUCACACAUCAACCUUAUGACCGACUUCGGUCUUUCAGUGGAGUUUGAUGGAGAUAGCAACGCAGAGAUCAUUCUACCCAAUAUGUAUAAAACAAAGGUGGGAGGCCUUUGUGGGUACUUUGACGGCAGAAAGCAAAAUGACCUGAUGAGACCGGAUGGCACCAUAGCCAGGAAUGUUCAAGAGUUUGGAGAGAGCUGGAGAGUUUGAGCAUCGGAUACAUCUAAUGCUGAGAAACAGCACUUAAAAACAGUAACCUUUGUGUAAACAACACUGAGGGAUUCUACUAUGAAUUCUACACAACGAUAUCUGUCAACUGAUGAUAACAGACAGAAUUUAUAGAAGACUUUACUUGUCAGUGACAACAUACCUAUGCACUUUUCUUUACCUUUAGCUUUUAGGAAGACAUGUAUGGUACAUUAGCAACCUGUAGCUCUAAUGAAGAUAUCAUGAUAAAGACGUCACUGUUGCAUCUACAUGAUCUAGAGAUAAACAUUGUUUCAGGAGUUCGUUUUGGUAACACUUUUUUCUAAAGGGCCAAAAUUACCUAGUAAUUAUAUAGAAUUAAGUGUAAUUAUCUGAUAAUUUCUCAAGAAUCAAUGGUAAUUACCUUGUGAUAAGUUGGCAUUUAACUGGAAAUUUGGUAAUAUUAAGGAAGUGUUUACCUAGUGAUAAUGUAUUAAUUAUCAAGUAAUUCCGAAUGAUUAGAAAUUAUUGUCUUUAAUUCUCCAGCACUGGACUAAAAGUAGACACAUUUCAAAUCAAAACAGCAUUCAACCAACUUGCUGUACAAUCCAAGUUAAAAAUGGUUCAACACAAUAAUAAAACCCUGGACCAAGUACGGGAUACCCUGCUCUCAAUGCUGCCAACUCAUCAAUGCUGGAUACUUCUCCCAAAUCUUCUACUUUAAGUAAUUCUUACCUGGUCAGUAACCUGUGUGAAUGUCUUCGACAGGUGGCCUGUGUCUUUCCCUUGGCCCUCUACUCCAAACUGAAUGGGUGACACCCCAGACAGGGAGCGUCAUUGUAUCUUUCCUAACCUAAUCCUGAAAAAUUACUAGUGGGCCGAAAUAAAGAAAUUAUCUAGUAAUUAUCAAGCAACACAUAAUUCUAGGAAAUUACUUGGUAAAAUACCAUCCAAUUACCAGAGAAUUGCUACAAUAUUACAAGGAAUUACUUGAUAAUAUAUACAUUAUUGCUAGGUAAAUACUUCCUUGAUAUUACAGACUUAUGACUUGGUAAAAUGCCAAUUUAUUACUAGGUAAUUAUCACGUUAUUCUUGGAAAAAUGCCUAGAUAAGUACCCUUAUCAAUAGAAAAUUACUAGGUAAUUAGGGCCCACUAAAUUAAGGUGCUACCACUGUGUUCUAGUUUUCAAGCCAACCUUGAAGAAGUUACAAGUCUCAGUGAAUGUUUAAAUUCUUAGCCUUUUAAAAAAAACUUUGCACCUUGAUUAUAAACUGUAUCUUCUAUACUGUGUCAUUGGCAUGACAUACCUAUUUAUUCAAGGGAUGACGCUCUUACUGUUGUGCAUAAACUGCAUACCUGUAUAACAAAGUAAUGGCCAUGUUAAAAUGAAAAAUAUGAUAUACUGUGUAAAGAUUACUGUAUUCCAGACAAUAACAGAUUAUAUCACCCUUUAAAACUGUUUGAAAGAUAUUCAAGUGCAAUAAACAACUAU